CGAGCCAUCAUGCAGUGGAUUUCAAUCACGCUGGUGGUAGCCCUAGGCUUCUCAGGAGCAUCCGCUGCCACUGAUUCCGUAUUCAAUGCCAAAUUCGACCUAGACCAAACGGCUCGUCUCUACGCUACCGAUGAAUUGAGACACACACCUCAACCAUUCCACAAACGGAACGCGACAACACCAAACCUGUUUGCGCGGUCUCUCAAUCACUUGUUUCCUCGUCAGACUGUUGGAAGGUGCGGGGCUGCGGGCGGCGGCGCUAGAUGCCCGAAUAAUCAAUGCUGCUCGAGCUUCGACUUCUGUGGAACAGAUUUUGAACAUUGCGCUCUUCUUGUAGGGUGUCAACCUGAAUAUGGACGAUGUGGUGAUGUAACACCGGAACCAACGCCUGCACCCACCCCUACGCCAACUCCCACUCCGACCCCGACUCCUUUGCCACCCUCCAGUUCGACUGUGCGACCACCUUCGAGCUCAAUUGUUGUGCCUUCCAGCUCGUCCGUACUACCGCCGCUUCCAUCAGGCAGUCUCAUUAUCUCACCAAACGGCCAAUGUGGAAACGUGACGACAUGCGCCGGAUCAAGCUUCGGACGGUGCUGCUCAGAGUUCUACUACUGCGGCAAUAGCAUCGACUUUUGUGGCGCAGGUUGUCGCCCUGGUUUCGGGUCUUGUAAUGGUGGCUCGCCGCCUCUACCCCCAUCUUCUGUUCCAGUUCCUAUCCCAAGUUCAUCGUCCAUACGACCAACCCCGACUCCGACUCCGACGCCUACACCCACACCCACACCUACGCCAACGCCCACACCAAGCCCAUCUUCAACGGCUCCAGCUGUUCCAACUAAUGUCAGCACAAACGGAAGAUGCGGAGAAGAAGGUAACGGCAUGACAUGUCAGGGUUCGACGUUUGGAAGGUGCUGUUCGGACUAUGGGUGGUGUGGAAGUGCAGACGACUUCUGUAGGCUCAGUUGGGGGUGCAGACCGCAGUUUGGGACGUGUGGAUAGAAAAGUUUCGGAGGCGUUGAGAAGAUGCGAUAGAAGUCGGCCAUUUAGAGGUUGACAUUUGUACAUAUGACCGCGACUAGACCUUACACUGGUGAAACUCAUCGCCUUACUUCAGGUGAGAGAUGUCUGCCUAGAACGGGGAAGGCUCCUGUAACUGUUGGAGGGCGAGUAGAUAUCAUUUAUGGAUACUCUUUACCU